AUGGCGGGGGCAAACUAUAUGGGUGGCAAGCGAAAUGCUGCCAAAGCUCGAGCGAAGGACAGUAUAGGAAAUGCACAGAGGUCCUUUUUCGGCAAGCAGAAACUUGGUAUCCUCACCAAAGGGCUCAGCAAGUCGUACAACCGAAACAGCGGAGAAAACGCAGUUCCCAGCAGCCGAGGGUUACCGGAGAUCUCUCUCGCUCAUGCUCAUCGCGACCUGUCUUCCAGGAUGGAACCUGGAGUUAUUGGUCUGUCUACACCACGCAAACACGGGCAGACACGUCCAGUCAAACCCCAGGAGGAUACUUCAAGUUCUGGUCCGCGAGGCAAGUCAUCCGGUAGUCGUUCCAAGAUCUUACGUGCAUUGGACAUGUCCGAACCCAUCUUCAUGAAGGCCGAGAUGGAGCGCAUUUGUAAUAUUCCUAACCUCGCCGGCCUCGCGCCGGACGCGGAAAGGUGUUUCGAAACCAAGUCGAUCGCGCAGGUUAACUUGCGUACGCCAUCCUCGCCGACCGAACCCGACUGGAACGACUCGAUGUCCCCCUCGUACGAAGGGCCUGGAUCGCCAAGUCAAGAACUAUAUAAAUAUGAUGGCCGUGAGCUUCCUGGACCCUUGGGCUCUCCAGAUUUUGGGAAGCUGGCCUACACUGAACUGGACUUCGAGCCCAUGCCUCUGGAUAGCAGCCCAUUCGACGACUCUGGCUUCGUCGAGUUAAACGUUACCCCGAACGCGCACAGCACUUCAAGUCGCAGCUGGAUCCCUCUUGCAGAACCCCAGUCUACGAGGUGGUCGUUUUACGAUCACACUGAUCGCUCCAGCUUGCCCGAGCCACGUACUCCAGAGAGGAAAGAUGACCUCGUGGAUAUUGAGCGGCAUGCCGAUGGAACUCAGGACAGCUCGAUGCUUGGGUACCACGGCUCUAUCUCUAGCUCGAUCAGUCGCUCUGCCGUGUCUGUAACAAUCCCUUGGGCUGCGUCAAGUCCAUCUCGCCUGGAACUGCCUCCGCCCCUCCUCCUGGGAAAGUUUUCCUCACCUCAGCAGAAGGAUUCUGAUGCUGCCGAGAGCGAAUGCUUGUUCAUGUCUGCCCCUUGUGCUUCUAUGUCUCGUCCCGGCCAUGCACGUUCUUCGACCGCUGCUUCUGAGUUGUCGAUGUCGCUGGAGCCUGGCUCUCUGACAACUUCUGAGGCUCCUGCCUAUGCCUCUGACUGCUCUGACUGCUCCGCAUCUCGUUCGCCAUCUCCUGGUCUUGGCAUGCAACGUUAUUUAUCCAUCGCUGUGCCCACAAGCCUUUUCGCUGUGGACCCCAUGCCUCAAGACAUGGAAGAAGAAAGUCUCCACGACGCGCUGGGCGGCCAGCUGUUCGACGGUGCUGAUCCUUGGCGGGCUCUUGAUACUGUGCUGGAUCUGAAGACCCCUCGCUCGGCAGCCGGCGCCUCGCCCCUGUCUCCUCGGACGCCGCAACGAUCAGACGCGUCGACGAACGUGUAUGGACUCUCCUCAAAAGUGGACUUCGAUUGCACAGGAGGAUCAUCGGAUGUGAAACUCUUCGAGGGGCCGGGACUACUGCCUGUCUCUCAACAUUUGAUUGGCGCGCUAGAGCACGUUUGCGCGGAGGAUGUGCACUGGACACAGACUACUCUAUCGGAAGAUGCUUGUCUAGUCCAGACUACUCAGGCAGAUGCAGACGUCGAACAAGAAGAGACUGACGACUCCUUUUGCUUACUCCUCACGAACAGUUCUCCCGUGAGCAUGUCGACGAAGCAUCUCCCAUCUUGUCCUGUGUCCGAACAGACAAAGCCCGCUGUUGAAUGCGCCACUUCACAUAUGGAAGGCCGGGAGACUACUGCCAUACGCACAAAUUCGGUGGUCGCCGCAAAGCCUUCCCGCCUUGGUUUCGAGUCAAGUGGCCCCGUGGAAGCCAACGCAAACGUUCCGAGAGUACUGUGUUCCCCAGAACCACCCAAGUUUGACGACCACGUUUCGCAAGGCGGGCCUCCGACAUCGCGUCCGUCGGUGCCAGUGGACAUAGAAGGACCUUGUCUCUUUGCCGACGACAUUCCUUCCGAAGACGACUGA